AUGGGAUCAUCGUAUGGCAUUGGCAUUAUUCUUAGUACAGCGCCGGCCAAGGGACUGCCCCAGCGCAUCGCUGUGAUUUGCAGGAGAGGAGAUCGAAACCGAUCUGGUCGCGCAACGCAGGUCUUAGUCCGCGUAGGCAGCGAUGCUCCGUCAUGGCAGGACACACGGCCAGCCAAACAGCAAUGGAUCAGUGACCAACGGGGUGCGCAGCGCCGCCUCUCGCUGGCCCGGCUUCUGCCAGCACGAUCCGUUUCGCUGCCUCACUUCUCUGCUGCACGACCCAGCGGCCCUCCGUCGAACUCUCUCCAUCCACGCGCCCUCAUCGUCCCGGUCCCUCGCUGGUUGGCCUGCAGGGUCUACCCUACGCUGAGCCACCUAGCUGUUUCGGGCCUCUUCGACUCUGCUGCGCCUGACCGGUCUUCCGAGCCACGACGGAAGCGCUCGUCUAGAACAUCCCCUCUCCCCCAGUGUGUUCUCCGCUCUGUAGGACUGAGUCUGACCGUGGUGUCCGAGACGGGCCCUGACCAACUGCGAUGGAUCGCCAGACACGUGAGGUUGAAGCUUCCCCUGCUCCUGUUCUUGGCCGUUUUCUUAUUAUCAGCGAUCCCCAGGUUCUUCGAUCGUUAUCUUCUUCACUCCAGUCUUCCCAUCACAUCCAGAGCGACAUCUACUAUCCUCGUGAACCUUGUCUUCCUUAUACCGACCAUCACCACACUCAUCCGUUCGACCUGCAUCCUCAUCAUACACCCGUCUCCCAUUGAUCCCUUCUGUUGUCUCUCCUGCCACGUACCUUACGAGGGAGAGGAACUUCCCGGCAUCAUGGCUGUCUCUACGGCCGAUGACGAGUUAUUUACGAGGGCCAUUUCCAGCUUCCGGGACUACUUUUUGGUUCAGCAUGCCCACCUCCCAGAGUCGGAGCGAAAUCAACUUUGGACCCAACGACUCAGUCAGUUCAUGACACCGUCCUCCACCCGCGACGGCUCCUCCACGGCCCCAGGCGACACAACUGGCACUACCGCCACCACUAUGACUACUACUACUACUACCGCCAACAGCGGAUCCUCCUCGGACAAUUUGGGUAAACGGACUCGACAGGAUGUUCCCCGGACGAUUCCUGGAGCACCCUCGCCGGCGAAACGACGUGCCACCACUCCGGAGUCCGACGGUGCCGGCACCUUCAAGUGGACUGGUACACCAUCGUCCCUUGACUCCUCCACGGCUGUGGCCUCCCAGAUGACCCGGCGGCAGUCAUCCAGCUCUCGGACUGGCAUCCAUUCCACGCUCAGCGGCCACAAUGGAUCUUUCUCUCGAUCGGCCCCCAUGGCCCGCUCGCAGAGCCUGCAGAAUCCGGCCUCUCACCGGCAACAGUUGGCGGCGGCGGCGGCGGCGGCAACAUCACUGCGACGGCAGUCAUCUGGGCCCACCUCGUACCAGCUUCGCCUCGACGACGUCAACGAAUACUCGCCGUCCGAGUACACGCAGCAGUGUUUGGAUGACUUUCCCAAUCAAGGUACCUCUGCCUUUGCAUUGUCAUAUUCCCCCGACGAGUCCACGUCGAGGGGGUUACAUGACAACAAACAGGAGCAACAGCAGUUGCAGAUGCAGAUGCAGAUGCAGAUGCCGCAACCACCAGCACAGCCGGCCGAUUUGACGGGGCUGUCAGGUUCCCCAGUGUCCGACCAACUGACGGUCACGACGGCGGCAGCAACCGAAAUGAGUCGUAGUACGACGACGGAUUCAAUCUGUGGAGGAUUGGGAAUGGUCCGAUUCGACUCGACGGGGUCGAACCUGGAGCACAAUUUCGAUGUUCCAUUUUCAUCCCCUGACUUUCUGCAGCAACCGUCCGCCCAGGACGUUUCUUUUCAAUCUUCCUCCUAUCUUUCCCCUCUUGAUCGGAACAUCGAUCAGCUUCCGUUCUCCUUAUCUGACGUCGCAUCUGUUUCCUUUUCUAGCUCCGCCCCAACCCCCGGCUCUUUUAUGCCCCGUGCCAAUUCUGUUUCGCUGUCACCUUCAUCUGCCGGUGUGGAGAUGAAGCAUUCUCUGUCUACAGGGAGCACCAGCUCGUCUGUGUCUCUGUCACAGCAGUCGAGGACUGCACGCCGAACUUCAGAACAAGUGGUGCAGGGGGCCCGGCCCAUUGCACCGAAGCUGCCUUCUAACAAGUCUAGCUCAUCAUCAUCAUCAUCAUCCACUGCUAAGUCCAGUGAUCAGCAACAUCAGAUGAUUCGGAUCUCGUCGGAGAAUGGCACCUCGAAAGAGGUGGCGGCCAUUCCCAAGGCGAACUUCCAGCGUCCGCCGCGUCAGAAGACGUACUGCCACCUGUGUCAGGACCAGCCCGAGGGCUUCCAUGGCGAGCAUGAGCUGCGCCGGCACAUCGAGCGGGUGCACUCGGUGGUGCGCAAGGUCUGGGUCUGUGUCGAUAUCUCGCCGGACAAGACCUUCCUGGCCAACUGCAAGGCCUGCCGCAGCGGCAAGCGCUACGGGGCGAACUACAACGCGGCCGCGCACUUGCGUCGGACGCAUUUCAACCCGUGCCAGCGUGGACGCGGCGGACGGGGCAAGGAUAGCGAGAAGCGGGGCGGCAAAGGCGGCGGGAAUCACCCGCCGAUGGAGGUACUGAAGCACUGGAUGGAGCAGAAGGAAGAGCUCGUGCUGGAAAAUGCGCAGUACCUUCUCGACGAGGAGAUUCCCGCCGAUGUGGCCGCUGCCGCUAUUCAGCAGGCACAAGCGCAGGCCCAAGCGCAGGCUCAGGCGCAGGCUCAGGCGCAGGCUCAAGCUCAGGCUCAGGCACAGGUGCAGGCGCAGACGCAGGCGCAGACGCAGGCGCCUUCUGGGUCGCCUGCGAAGGGACCUGAGAUGAACCCAGAGAUGGGACUGGAGUAUGACGCUUCGACGUCGCUGGAGUGGGAUCCGGCUAUGGCUGGUCAAGGGUAUGAAGCAUUCCCGCAACCGCUGACGGACCUGAAUAAUCCGUCAUUUGACCCGUCUUUCUGCCUCGAGUCGCAGCAGCUGUCUGCGGAGGCAGAUCCGUACCUUGUGAAAACUGCUGUAUAA